CACUUCAUCCCAUCACAAAGUACAGUAUUUUGGUGAGUUUACAUUCCUACUUUCUGAGUGAGUGAGAUAGAGAGGACUAACCAGUGCUAACUUGUUCUUCCUCCUCCCUCUUCAAUUUCGUUCUCCUCAAACCUCCAUAAUGCAGAUGCUUCUUCUCCAACCAGCAAUUAGAUCAAUUAGGGUUUCCCCACUGCCUUUUUCAUCACCCCUUUCCUCUUCUUCUCUCCCUCUCAGGACCGUCAAGAACCUUUCAGUCAUUCCUCUUCUACCCUUAUCUUCAUUUUCUUCUCCAAAACCACUAAAUUCACUUUCUAUCUGUAACAAGAAAGCAGCAUCCACGGUUGUUGCCAAUGCUGCUGCAGCUUCCUAUCCUUACAAUGAUGAAUCAGAGAAGGCAAAACGUGCCCAGGUUGCUAAGAGGUUAGAGAAUACAUCAAGAUAUUUUAAGAGAUUGGGGAGCUUAGGGUUUUGGGGUCAGCUAGUAUGUACGAUUAUUUCUGCUGUAAUUCUAUCCUUUUCCACUGCGAUUACUGGAAGAGUAUCAUCUCCAGCUACUUUUUAUGCUACUGCCGGUGGUAUUGUGGCAGCCUUCAUUUCAGUGUUUUUCUCCUUCGGGUAUAUCCGUCUUUCAGAUAGACUUAAAAAAACAGCCAGUGAUCCUGCAAAGGCUCCUCCUCGCGCUGAAGUGGUGAAAAGCCUAAAGAACGGUAUAGUGAUAAACCUUCUGGGUAUGGGUGCUGCCAUUCUUGGAAUGCAGGCUACUGUGGGGUUGUUAGUUGCAAAGGCCCUUACCUCUUCUGCUAAUCCUUACUACCAGGGUAUCACUCCUGGAUCUAGUCCUGUUCUAGCUUUGGAUGUAUUCCUUGUGCAGGCUUCGGCCAACAUUAUCCUUUCUCAUUUCUUGGGGCUUGUUUUCUCAUUGGAGCUUCUGCGCUCAGUCACACUGCCACCUUCAGAAGCUGUUCCCAUCCCUAGAGUCGCAUAAGUUGUAAUUAUCCUAGUUAACAGGAAACUCUGUCGUCUGCAAAUACAUUAUGCUGAAAAGAAAUUCAAGCUUUUGAUUGAGAUUGUACUGUAUUCAGGAGGUUUUAUUCUCUAGUUCAAAAGCUUGCUUCAUUCCUGUAUGUUUUAGUUAUUUUUUGCAUAAUGUGGAUGUAAAUUAGAUCAUUUUUUGGUCUAUAUAGUUAUUGUUUCCUUGUUUCCGUUUUC